UGACUUGCCAAAACCCUAACCAUGGCCACUCUCAAAAGCCCCUCGCCAUUUCUUGAACUCCAUGACAGAGAAGAAGAAGAAGAAGAAGAAGCAAGAAGCAGCAGCGAUGAUCCGCAGAAGGCUCUCUUCUCUGCUCUCCUCUUCCCUCUCCAGACCCUCCUCCCUCCCUUCAAGACCUCCGCCGCCGCGACCCCCUCGGCCGCCGCCGCCGCCGCUCCCGUCCCCGCCGUCGCUCCGGUUUCGGUCCCCGCGGCAUUUUCACCUGCUCCCGAGCCCUGCGCUCGCCGGCCCCGGGCAAUGCGGCGGCGGCGGCGGCGGCGGCGGCGGCGUCAGGGCCUAUAGCUUGCUGAGCUUGAACGACCUGAGGGACAAGCAGCCCAAGAAGCAGAAGAAGCGGAAGGGGCGCGGGAUCGGGUCCGGGCUGGGGAAGACCGCGGGGAGGGGCCACAAGGGGCAGAAGGCGAGGGGGACCAUGAAGUUCGGCUUCGAGGGCGGGCAGACCCCGCUCCGCCGCCGCGUGCCGAAGCGGGGUUUCAAGAACCCCUUCAGCCUCACUUUCCAGCCUGUUGGAUUGGGAAAAAUUGCAAAGCUCAUAAAUGCUGGGAAAAUUGAUUCCUCUGAGUUAAUUACGAUGAAAACUCUCAAGGAUGUAGGGGCUAUAGGGAAGCAGAUUAAGGAUGGAGUUAGAUUGAUGGGACGAGGUGCUGAGCAAAUACAGUGGCCAAUUCACCUGGAGGUGACAAGGGUUACUGUACGGGCGAAAGCAGCAGUAGAAGCUGCCGGCGGUUCCAUAAGAAGAGUGUACUACAACAAGUUGGGCUUGCGGGCAUUGGUUAAGCCAGAGUGGUUUGAGAAGAAAGGCAGGUUGCUGCCGAAACCAGCCAGGCCUCCUCCGAAACAGAUGGACAAGGUCGAUAGCAUAGGCCGGUUGCCUGCCCCGACAAAACCCAUUCCGUUCUUAACCGAGGAAAAUGAGGCCGUGGCUACUCUGUCAUGAUGGUUGAACGAACGAAUUGAUGGCGAUUCAAAGCGUCCUCAGUUUUUGUUUAAUAAAUUUGCAGGCUAGAUUAUGUAAGCUUUCUAGAUAUUUCUUCUUUUGGUGAUUGUACGCAGAUGGAUGAAGGAAAAAAAUGCUGGAACUCGGGUUCUACUCAUCUUCAUCUGCUUCCUCUUAUGAGGACUGUAAUUUCUCUCUACAUGUUUCUGUUCAUUCUUUUGAAGACUCUCGGAGUAGUUGUCCCGUGUUUU